AUGGCACGAGCAGGCGCAGAAGUUCGUUUCGAAGUACGUAAAGGUGCAGCUUUGCGAAAUGGGCUGUCCGCAUGGCUUUGCCAACCUCCUGCACCGACGGCGGUCAGUAUUUUUGUCGUGCCGAGUAACCGUACAUCGGCCUUCGCACCUGUAUCUGGUAUAGGUGGUGAGCCGAAUCGGCAUGUUCGAUCGGUAUCGGCAUCAGAUCUUUACCAAAGCGAUCCGAAUGCCUCGUAUUCGCAAAGAUCAGUGACUGGAUCAACAGCAGGCUUUGAUCGACUUCCGGCACACUAUAGACAUUCGAACAGACCUACUGUGAUUCAACCAGGAAGACCGUCUGCCUCGUCUCCUUCAGCGCUGAGAAGGACGCAGUCGCCAUCAUCGCUGUAUCGUCCUCCAAGUGCAACGAAUCUUUUUGCCCCACCGAGAUCACCUAAUCCACUUCAGCAACAAGGCUACAGUAGUGCUGGUUUGAGGGAAAGCAAUCAUGAUCUUUACAAGGCGAGCCAAACCUCUUCACCACCAGCAGCACACUCAUCUCCUCGCGAAGAGCAUCGAAUGCCGACAAACAUGUCGAAUCUUCCUCCUAUCAACACAAAUUACUCAGCUUCUCUUCCCACUCCGCUCAGUCGCUCCAAUUAUCAAAACCCCAGUUCAAACUAUAGUCAACAGCAGUCCCGCAAUGUACCUGUGAUUCGAUACAAUCCUAGAAGCCCCUCGUCACCUUCAUCAGUUCCAAAUGGAAGUACCAUCGGCUACGUGAAACCUCCCAGCUAUAGCACCCCUUCAUCUGCUCGCUCCCCAGAAGCAGCUGUAGUUCGACCGAUCACACUGAUGGACAGGCAAGACUCUAACGGAGGACCGAUUCGACUACAUGGUGAUUCCCGAUCAACAACGACCACCUUUGGUGUAAUGGCUCCAACUGCUUUUACUCAGGCUUUACAAGCUGCUGCUAAUCAAGAAGCACGUGUUGUUUUGGCUCCACCACGUUCAUCAGGAUUCGAACAGGAGUUGCGGAAUCUUGAGCGAACGAAUACGGCGCUUAUGGCUAGUUGA